AUGGAAUUAAUCAAGCAGUCCCGCUAUGCUGAAUAUUACUUGGGGCAGUCAAUUAUUUGGUUCAAAGCACGAUGGGCCAGUGAUCCAAAUAGUAAAUUUGGAGAAGGUGAUCAUAUCAUUGAGAAACUCAAUGAGACUGAGGAGGAUUUUCAGCUCAGGAGAUUUACAGAGUCGUUUAAACAACUUCAAUUCAGUUCCCAGAAUGAUAUUGUGGAACGUAUUCUAGAUAUCUGUCUGGAGACAGAGGAUGAGUUUGCUCAAGAAUUUGAGUGUCUGGAGCCAGAGGAGGAGUUUGCUCUUGAAUUCAUGAAGGUGAAAACUCCAAAUCCAAGAGGAUCAGGAGGAGCAGCAGCCACUCAAGGAGGAGGGCAGGGAGCAAUUACACAAGGAAGCCAGGGGACAAGCCAACAGUAG